AACCGCGGUUGGUUCUCGCGAGAUUUGCCUGGAGUCGUAACGCGGAGCCAGGCGGUGGGGAAAGCUGGAGCAGCGGUUGGGGAACAUGUCGGACUCAGAGCUCGGCAGGAAGUGGGACCGGUGCUUGGCGGAUGCGGUCGUAAAGAUAGGUACUGGUUUUGGAUUAGGACUUGUUUUCUCACUUACCUUCUUUAAAAGAAGAAUGUGGCCAUUAGCCUUUGGUUCUGGCAUGGGAUUGGGAAUGGCCUACUCCAACUGUCAGCAUGAUUUCCAGGCUCCAUAUCUUCUACAUGGAAAAUAUGUCAAAGAGCAGGAGCAAUGACUUAACACUUGAGAACAUCCCAGUGGGAAGAAAAGAGAAAUCAUGUUUAUUCCUCAGGAAUACUGAAGUGCCCUGGAGUAAGCUGACAUUCUUCUGUAACAAUGUUAUCAGUAAUGCUUUAAACUCCAGCAUACCCUUUAUGUAUUUGAAAUCAAGUCUGUUUCUUGUUUUGUAUUUUCUCUGUGGAAAUUGCAAGGAGGCAGUCUUAAAAGAAAUAAACAGAAAGAGGCAGCCUGGUG